CUGUUAACGGAGCGCACCCGGCGCUCCAGGCCUGACGACGAUUCCCUGCUGGACCAGGACCUGCCUUUGACCAACAGCCAGCUGAGCCUGAAGGUGGACCCGUGUGACACCUGCAGCAGACGCAGGGAGCUGCUGAAGCAGAGAAAGGUGAAGACCAGGUUGACCAUUGCCGCCGUUCUGUACUUGCUCUUCAUGAUUGGAGAGCUCGUAGGUGGAUACAUUGCAAAUAGCCUAGCAGUCAUGACAGAUGCACUUCAUAUGUUAACUGACUUAAGUGCUAUCAUACUGACCCUGCUUGCUUUGUGGCUGUCUUCAAAAUCACCAACCAAAAGAUUCACCUUUGGAUUUCAUCGCUUAGAGGUUUUGUCAGCUAUGAUUAGUGUGCUGUUGGUGUAUAUACUUAUGGCAUUUCUCCUAUAUGAAGCUGUCCAAAGAACUAUCCAUAUGAACUAUGAAAUAAAUGGAGAUAUAAUGCUCAUUACCGCAGCUGUUGGAGUUGCAGUCAAUGUAAUAAUGGGGUUUCUGUUGAACCAAUCUGGUCACCAUCACGCCCAUUCCCACUCCCUGCCUUCAAAUUCUCCUACCACAGGUCCUGGGUAUGGGCACAACCAUGGGCAGGAUAGCUUGGCAGUGAGAGCUGCAUUUGUACACGCUUUGGGGGAUUUGGUACAAAGUGUCGGUGUGCUAAUAGCUGCCUACAUCAUACGAUUCAAGCCAGAAUACAAGAUUGCUGAUCCCAUCUGUACAUAUGUAUUUUCAUUACUUGUGGCUUUUACAACAUUUCGCAUUAUAUGGGACACAGUAGUUAUAAUACUAGAAGGUGUACCAAGGCAUUUGCAUGUUGACUAUAUCAAAGAAGCCUUGAUGAAAAUAGAAGAUGUCCAUUCAGUGGAAGAUUUAAAUGUCUGGUCUCUUACUUCAGGAAAGCCCAUGGCCAUUGCACACAUACAGCUAAUUCCUGGAAGUUCAUCUCAAUGGGAGGAGGUACAGUCCAAAGCCAGGCAUUUGUUGUUGAACACAUUUGGCAUGUAUAAAUGUACUAUUCAGCUUCAGAGUUACCGGCAAGACGUGGACAGAACUUGUGCAAACUGCCAGAAUGCCAGCUCCUAACUGAAGAUGUCUGGGGGACUACUGCCUUAUUUACCCUGCAGUCACAGACUUGAGAGCAAUAAAUGCACUUGAAUGGGAGAAUGGAAUUCCUGAGAGCCAUGCCCGGGCACUGGCCUCGCAGUCAGCCUGAGAGUGCUAGUUUCUGUCGAAUGGAAAAGUGAGACUUCACCAUGAUUUUCAGAUGAAGAUGUUUCCAAAACACUGUUUACAGAAUGAGACGUGACUCUACAGAUACCUCAGAGAAGACAAUCGAAGACCGUACUCACAAUCACAGCAGAGCAUGUGUCAUGAAGGAAGCAUCAAGAGUUCUGUAUUUGCAUUUAAAAAUCCUUUUUAAAGCCCAUUUCUAUCAAGCCAGUGCUGGAAAACUGAUUUUUUAAUGUAAUCUUGAUACCCAGCUUCUGGAAUUUGACACCCAGCUCUCUCUUUUUACAGAAAUGAUUUCUCAGCAGAUUUCAGAAAGUACUAGUAAUUAUCCAGAGUGGAAUAAGCAUGUAUUCCUAAAUGUUUCAGAAAUGUUUUAUUUCACAAGUAAGUCUUAUUGGUAUUAUUAUACUUUAUAAACAAAAUUUUCCAGAUAUUACAGGGUUUUGAAUCUCAAUUUUUGGUUAUUUGUAAUCUUAUCAGAACCAAAUCUUUACGUAUUGUGGUCACUGUCAUUAAAUUGCUUAGGAAAUAUUUUCAGUUUAUUCUGAAUGGCAGAAAAUCUUAAACUGGAAUUACUAUAUGAUAAUUUGAACAAAUAUAGAAGCAAGGAUGGGGUGUGGAGUUUCAGAUUUAAGUCUUUCUGAAAUCACUUUUAUUGUCCAUGGAAUUUAUCUUUGCUUACGAACAGCAAGCGACGCAAAAUGCAAACAAUGAUGCUCUGUCCUUUUAGAAAUUGCCUUAUGUUUUGUACAGAAAGUUUGCUUGGUACCUUGCUUCCUGCCUCCAUACCAGGUCAUCUGCUUGUGCCUUUCAGGGUAGAGCUCUAGAGAGCCAAGGUUCAGUUUUAAUACCCGUCUCUCCCAUGCAGAUUAACUACAUUUCUCCAGAGAGAAUUUCUGUAUGAUGAUAUGGAUUAGGAAUCCUCCACAGGCUCCAGAAACCCUAAGAUAUAAUUUUGAGGUUUUCCAAUAAUACCAUAGCAGAAAUGCUAAAAGGGAUUGGGGGAAGACAUGAUUUUCAGAAGACAAAAAUUUUAAGGGUUUUGGAGUGUGUGUGUGUGUGUGUGUGUGUGUGUGUGUGUGUGUUAAAGCACUGGAAUAGGAUGGACAUUAAAUCUGUGUGGUAGGGAAGUUAAGCAUAAAAGUUUCCAAACAGAAGGCAACCUAACUGGUAACAGUUGUAUUAAAGAGGCAACUGUGAAUAUUCCUGUCAACUGUUGGUUUUGGGAUUAUAUUUAGUGCACGUUAGGGAGUCCAUUUUCAGCAGAGAAUCGGGAUAAAGUAACAUGUACCAGACAGGCUGUGAGAUGAAAUCCUAGAUAGGCAGGCCAGUGACUUAAAAUGUAAGUGAAGAAUAUGAAACAGAUUUCAUCUUUCUGCCAAGGACCUCACUAUAAGUAAACCUAAGGUAAAAUCUAGAUUCACCUAAAAGAUUGUUAAGAGUCAAUGGUGUCCAACAAAAGUUUUAGUGAGUGUUAAUGGUACCUAAUAAAGCCCAGCAUUUGUUGAAUCGAAUUGAAAAUUUUAUGGGAUUCUUACUGUGAAUCCAUUUAAAAUAAUGAUUUUAAUUUUUCAAAAAUUUUGGGAACAUAUAAUAAAAAAUACUCUUUUAUUAUAUAAUGUCCUGUAUUUCAAAAAAUACUCUUAAAUGUAGAAGGCAAGUGAGAAUAAACGAGAGGCAUGUCAGUGCACAUCUGGGCAUUUACGACUUUGGGCACCUAGCAGAGAAAGGAAGAGAAUGUGCCUGUGCUAAUAGGUUUCUCCACAUUUGCAGCUGUUCCCAUAUCUACUGAGCUCGUUUCUUGUCGACCUGUUCCUUGAAAAGUUAUUGAGUAAAACAGUCUGAAAUCCACUUGAGGAUUGAAAAGGAUCCUUUUGUAUAAUGGAGAAACACUGACAACUUUUGUAAAUCUUAAUUAUUAUGUUCUGUUUAAAAUUAGGUACACAUGAAGUUUUCUGUGCUUUGUUGUUUUGUGUGUUUUUUUGCAGCAACUACAGAUUUUAUGCUUGUAUUUUACUGGAUCUGUGAGAUUUGAUAAUUGAUAGAUUUAACUCUUUGUAACUUGACAAAACCCACAGAAAAGGAUGUGAACUUAGCAGAUGGGAGCAGGGGCUGCACAGCGUCUGACAGAGACACAGAGAAAGAGCCAUCCAUUGUCCUGUGAAAAGCACAGCUGAGCCUGGAUUAACACCUACCAUUGUUCACUUUGCACUGGGAAAACAUCAUAACAAAAACUGGGCAGUUCUUCAGUGUGAUGUGUUUUCAUUAACAUUUGCAAAUAAUCAAAGUUGUGUACAUAAACCUGUGUUUCACAA